GCAGCAGCAGCAGCAGUCGCACGCGCGUACAACCCACUAGCGAGCGCGAUUGCUGCUGGUUUGAUCAUUCAUCGGGUUGCCCUGGAAACCGUUCCAUCAGCAGCGGUGUAAGUUCAUCAACCGGAUGCAGCCCUCACUUUAGUAGUAGCUCCGUUUCGAGUGUCGCUCCGUAGUGUCAAGUGCCGCGAGUGUGCAGUGUGAUAAGCCGAUACCGAAGGAUGCCCAACGUCCUCACUCCGCGUGUCGAUGACAGAUAGUUGGUUAGCGUCACAAAACAGCUCAACAACUCAAUUCGAACCGAACCAAUUGAGUCAAUCUGGUGUGGAUACGUGAAGGGCAAAAUCUAAGGGCCAAUAGAUAUAACCUUACGCACUGAUUGUAUCCACAGCUAGUUGACCGUUGUACCCGGGGAGGGGGAGCGCCGGUAAAGUCGGACUAGUGCUUCGGUUCGAUAACGAAACAGUUCAGCUCAGCUGAUUGCGAAACGAUCAACGAUCUGCGCGUAGGAUACAAGACGGAUACAAGACGACACCAACUGGCUAUCUGCAGCGCAUUAGCAUCAAUUCAUUAGCGUUAGCUGCACUGUAUUAUCGUCGGAACGUCGUGAGCGGUCGUGGUGAUAAGUGAUAAUUUGUGCCAUUUGUGGUGUAGUGCUGCUACCGGGAAGGUUCCUGCCAAAUAUUUGCCCCUCCAAAAUGCGACAAAUGAACGCUGCAGCGACAUCCUGGAUUCUGAGGACAAUCGUGUUGCUCCAAGGAGUAGCGUGUAUUUGGUCAUUCGAAGUGUACUGGAACAUACCGACGUUCAUGUGUACCCAAUUCGGGAUGAAUUUUAGUAGCAUCGGAAAGACGUUCGGCGUGCUGCAGAACGCAAACGAUUCGUUCCGUGGCGAUGCCGUCUCGAUCCUGUACGAUCCGGGCAAGUUUCCUGCCCUACUGGAGAAACCGUCCACCAAGACGCUGUACAAGCGUAACGGUGGUGUACCGCAGGAAGGCAAUCUGACCGAGCAUCUGGCACUGUUUGAGCGGCACCUGGAUGAGCUGAUACCGGAUCGGAAUUUUAGCGGUAUCGGUGUCAUCGAUUUCGAGUCCUGGCGGCCAAUCUAUCGGCAAAACUUUGGCUCACUGCAACCGUACAAGGAUUUGUCGAUGAAGAUCGAAAAGGACCGCCAUCCGUACUGGUCAACGAGCCGGCUCGAGCGUGAGGCAACACGACGCUUCGAAGCAACAGGGCGAGAGUUUAUGGAGCGUACGCUACGGUUAGCAAAGGAGCGGCGACCUCGGGCGGCCUGGGGUUACUAUGCCUUUCCGUACUGCUUCAACAUGAACGGUGGAGCGAACAGCCGUACCGAGAACUGUUCGCCGGAAGUGCAACGUGAAAACAACCGCAUCCUGUGGCUGUUCGAUGGAUCGGAUAUCGUGUUUCCCUCGGUGUACUUGCGCGAAAGUCUGUCGCCGGGCGAACGGGAGCAGCUGAUCCGGGGCCGCGUCAGGGAGGCGGUACGGGUUGCGCAACGGACGAUCGGAGCGAAGGCGAGACGCAAGGUGCUGACGUAUCUGCGCUACGUCUACACCGACACGAUACAGUACCUGACCGAGAGCGAUUGGAUUAAUGCGCUGACGGCGAUGAAGAGUACCGGUUCCGAUGGGAUCGUCCUGUGGGGCAGCUCGUUCGAUCUGAAUACACGACAAGAGUGUGUCAACUUUAAGGCGUACCUGGAAAGCACGCUGGGGCCCGUGUUAAGCUCUCUGCAACCGCGCUACAUGGUGGAAAACCUGCCGGAUCCUGCCAUCAACUAACAAUGCACACAACUAACCAACCAAUGAAAGACCAAUCGGCUAAAAGCCAGUGUACAGAUUCUACUUUACUUCUUACCAAAUAUUGACUAAUGAAAAUGGCUUCUGAACAACUGAUAA